AUGGAUGAAGAUGAUUUGUUACAAAUAGAUGAAAUAGAAGACAAAGAAAAUGAUAAUGUUCCUUUAUUAAUUAAUAUUAAUAAAGAUAUAUCAAAUAUAACAAAAUCUUAUAAACGGUUAAUUUGUCAUGGACUUCAAUCUGAACAAAUAUCAAUGUAUAUUCAACGUAUUCCAGCUCAAUUUGGAGAAACACGUCGUAUUGAGACAAUAGCACAAGAUCUAUUUCCAAAUUUAAUUUUUAGUAAAUUUAGUCAGAAAAAACUUAACUACUCUCGGAAAAGAAAAUUAAAUUGUGCUUUAUUUGCAGAAAGUGUCUGGCAAAUUGAUCGAUCAGCUGAUUUAGCGUUAAAAGAGGCGUUUAAAGAACAACCAGUAUUUAUGGGAUUAUACGAAGUAAUGUGUGAUGUUGCAAAAAAAAAAUCAAAACAUAUGGGCAAGCAAAAUAUUAAAUAUUCAGAAGAAUUUACUAGUUUUCUAGUUAUUUUAGAGGGAAUUAGUUUUAGAAUAUUGGAUUUAUUUAGACAAAAUUUAGAAGGAAGAAGUAUUCGAUCAAUUCGUUAA